AAGGUUCCAAACCCCUUUGACCAUCAUCAUAUAUUUGUACAGGAGGCAACUAUGUAUUAAAACAAUAUUGUUAUAUUUUUUUAAUUUUUCUCAAAAUCUAUGUGUUAACCCCCUGCGAAAAUAUUGAGUUUUACGUUAAACGCUCUAUAUACUUUAUUCUUUUUAUUGUUGUUCUAAAUUUUCCAACGACAUUCUAAAUUUUUAUUAAUGUAUGUUAAACUCUCUUUCAAGGUAUAUGGGAAUCGUUCUAAUUUUUUAUGAGUUAAUUAGUAAAACUUCAUACUACUAUCUAAAUCAGUGGAAUAACUACUAUAAAAUCGUUAUUCUCUUGGGAAACAGAGACAAUAAAAGUUCUAAACCUCUUUGAACAUCAUCAUUUGUUAGUGCAUGAUGCAAAUAUCCAUUAAAAAAUGUUGUCACUUUUUUUGAAUUUUUAACCAAAUCUAUGUAUAAAUCUCUAUGAAUAUAUUGAGGUUUACGUUAAACGCUCUAUAUACUGAAACUUAUAUUUUUUAGUGUUGUUUUAAAAUUUCUAACCACAUUCUACAUUCUAAUCAAUAUAAAAUCGAUAUUUUCUAGAGAAACAUAGGCAACAAAGGUUCCAAGUCUCUUUGACCAUCAUCAUAUGUUAGUUUAGGAUGAAAGUAUGGAUCAUAUAUUUUUGAUUUGUUUCAAAAUAAAUGUAUGAACUCAUACGAAAUAUUGAGUUUUACGUUAAACGCUCUAUAUACUGAAGCCCAAACUUUUUAGUGUUGUUUUAAAAUUUCUAACCAAAUUCUACAUUUGUAUUAAUGUAUGUUAAACUCUCUUUCAUGGUUUAUGGAAAUCGUUAUAAUUUUUUAUCAAUUAAUUUAGUAGAAUUUCGUAAUACUUCUUAAAUCGGUGAAAAAACCACUAUAAAAUCGUUAUUUUAUUUAGAAAUAGGAGACAACAAAAGGCUUCAAAUCUCUUUCAAUAUCAUCAUAUUUUAGUGCAUGAUGCAACUAUACAUUUUUUUUAAAUGUGUUUUAAUCCCUACAAAAAUAUUUUCAGUAUAUAGUUUGAGAAUCCUGUCGGAUAUCAGGUCGUUGACAGCAAUACUUGAAGGUUCAACCUCUGUUUCUUUUCAUUGGGUGUCUAGAAACUCUAUUUCUUCCGUUGAUAUGUUAGCCAAGCAGGCUCUAAACGCUUUUGUACCAAACUUGGUUUGAGAUUGAUAAAGGAAGUUGGUGCACAAAAAAAAACAUAUAUGGUGGACCUAUGAAAUCUUUGAUUUUCUCUUUAUUUAUUGUUACAAAAACUGUAUCAUACUAUCAUACGUUUCUAUGCCCCAUUAGCAAUGGUGAACCUCUUAUAAUUAAAAAACAAAAUAUAGAGAACAGGUUUGGGCUUUAAGAAUGAAAUAGAAAAAUUAACGUCGAAUUUUCUAUAUAUAAGAAAAAUAGAUUGGGACACGAAAGGGAAUUGGGAUAAAGUGAGAUAUGUCACUUUUCUAUUAUUUAAUUUUUAUUAUUAUUGUAUGUGCCUCUAAAUUUUGCCCCCAUCGACUCUUUCUAGUUAUUUAUACCUUUGUAGUGCCAAUAAUAGAAGUAGAACAAGCAACUAUAAAAACUUCAGCAAAAGAAAAGUAAAAGCAAACAAAACCUAUUUUAAUGAAAUUGAACAUUUUGUUUCUAAAUCUAUAACUUAUGUGCAACUUAUUCGACAUAUGGUUUCGUGUGAACUAAUUAAGAGAGGUAGAUGAUAAAUGGAGAUCCAUGAUGGAGCUAUACUAGCUGCAUUGCAAAUUUCAGAAUCUAAAAUGGGAUAAAUAAGCCAUUUCUUAGCCAACAAAUGAACGAUGCGAGAGCACAAGUGCUUAUGUACGUGUAUUUGAUUGUGAAUAAUCCCUUGGCCGAUGCUCUCUACAUCGCUUAAUUUAUGUGAGAAAUUAACUAAAUGCCUUCCCAUUAUUAUCGUUCAUUUGCCAAGAGAAAAAAAAAUUUACAGAGAGACAAAUGAACGAUAAUAAUGGGAAGUCAUUUAGUUAAUCUCUCACAUAAAUUAAGCGAUGUACGUAUAUUUUCUUUUUUUUCAAACACAUCUGAAAAAAAAUGAUUUGUGUAGAAUAUAUUUGAUGCUUCUGGUAGUGCUCUCUUUUUAUUCGCACCUCGAAAAAGCUAGGCUGGCAGUAUAUAUGCCCAUCUAAAUUAGAAGACGUAAUUACAAGAGCCUUAUUCAUCGGACCCAUGCAUGAAUAUAAUAAGGUUUUCAUAACCACGAAUAACAUUACUUUUAAGAAUGAUAGUAGUAAUUAAUUAACGCGAAUAGCGAGACACGUUCCUUUGAAGAGAUGAUAAUUGAUACGAGCAUAUAUUCCUUUUUAUCACUUUUAAAUUAGUGUCUAUCAUAAUAUUCGUAUAUAUAUGUGUCUAUGUUGCUGAACAAGUAAGAAGUAUAGCUAGUAAGAAGAAGAAGAUAUAAUAAAAAUGUCGGAGACUUUCAAAGUGUGCUUCUGUUGUAGCAGGAGCUUCAAGGAGAAAAAGAGGCAGCCACCAGGGAGCAUCAAGAGACUCUUCGAAGCUUACUCAAGAAACGGCAAGAUGUCUUCGGAUGACCUUUUAAGGUUUGUGAGUGAAGUCCAAGGAGAAGAGCACGCAGGGAUGGACUACGUGCAGGAUAUCUUCAACAGCGUUAAACACCACAACGUUUUCCAUAUACAUGGUUUUGUUCAUCUAAACGCCUUCUACCGCUACCUCUUUAGCGAUACAAACUCUCCUCUUCCCUUGUCUCGCCAGGUGCAUCAUGAUAUGAAGGCCCCGUUAGCGCAUUACUUUGUGUACACGGGACACAACUCUUACUUGACUGGGAACCAAGUGAACAGCAGAAGCAGCGUAGAGCCGAUCGUGCAGUCACUGAGAAAAGGUGUAAAAGUGAUCGAGCUUGAUUUAUGGCCUAACCCUUCUGGAAACGCUGCUGAAGUUCGUCAUGGCGGGACGCUUACCUCACAUGAGGAUUUACAGAAAUGUCUCAACGCCAUAAAGGAAAAUGCGUUUCAUGUGUCUGAUUAUCCAGUCAUAGUCACUCUCGAAGAUCAUUUGCCACCCAAUCUUCAAGGGAAAGUUGCUAAGAUGUUAACUAGAACAUUCAGAGGGAUGCUGUUUCGUUUCGACUCAGAGAGUUGUAAGCACUUUCCAUCACCAGAAGAGCUUAAGAAGAAGAUUCUUAUUUCUACAAAGCCUCCAAAGGAGUAUCUUGAGAGCCAAGUUAUUCAGUCCUCAAGAAGAACUCCAGUAGAUAGAACCACUUCCUGGAGCGGCACUACUAAUAUGUCAUGGAGAGGAGAAAAAAAGAUUCCUGAAGAAGAAGAAGAGAGUGAAGCUGUUGGAUAUAGAGACUUGAUAGCGAUUCACGCUGGGAACUGCAAAAGCGGUUUGGAGGAUUGCUUGAGAGAUGAUCCAGAGAAGCCUCGAAGGAUAAGCGUGAAUGAGCAGUGGGUAGAGAAUGUGGUUAGAACCAGAGGAAGCGAUGUUGUAAGGUUUACACAGAGGAAUCUAGUGAGGAUAUAUCCAAAGGGAACAAGAGUGGACUCAUCAAAUUACGACCCUCAUGUAGGAUGGACACACGGUGCUCAAAUGGUUGCUUUUAACAUGCAAGGACAUGGGAAGCAACUAUGGAUAAUGCAAGGGAUGUUCAGAGCCAAUGGUGGAUGUGGCUACGUUAAAAAGCCACGCAUUCUGCUAGACACGCAGAGACUCUUUGAUCCAUGCAAAAGUCUUCCCAUCAAGACCACUCUUAAGGUGAAGAUCUUCACAGGGGAAGGAUGGGAUUUGGAUUUCCCUCAGACACACUUCGAUCAGUACUCUCCUCCUGACUUCUUCGUCAAGAUUGGAAUUGCUGGAGUUCCCAGGGACACGGUCUCUUACAGAACCGAAACAGCAGUUGAUCAGUGGUUUCCUAUAUGGAAGCAAGAGUUCCUGUUUCAGCUCUCUGUUCCAGAAUUGGCACUUGUGUGGUUCAGAGUCCAAGAUUACGACAAUGACACCCACAAUGAUUUCGCAGGACAGACAUGUCUUCCACUCCCGGAACUCAAGUCCGGAAUCAGAGCCGUCCGGCUUCAUGAUCGAGCAGGAAAGCCUUACAAGAACUCUAGACUUCUCGUCAGCUUCUACUUUGACCCUCCUUGCACGUUUUGACUUGUUCUUUCUUUCUUUCUUAAAUCAAUUUCUUCAAAUAAGCAGCUAGCUAUACACUACUUGCAUUAGUGUAAUCAUUUGUUUGUCUGUAAUAAAGUUUAGAGAAAUAAUGUGAUGGUUUCCUUUUAUUACGCGCUUGUCUCCUCUUUCACUACUACGAAUAAGUAGGGAGGGCUCUUCUUCAUAAUAAUAAUUUAAUAGAGUAUUAAAAUUCGAUU